UCAGUUGCAGCAUAGAGGACUACAGAUAAAGUGCGUGUCGAGAAGAUACCAGGAUAACUCGCUGUAGUACUACAGUCUUUGCUCUAAAGUGGAUUUGGAUUAUAUGUACAACAUGACAUUUGAGGAACUUAAUGGGGAUUAUUCUCAAGAAAGAAUGGAAUCCGUGGCGAAAGCUUUGGAAGAAGUCCUCACCUCUGCCUUACCACAGGGCUGCAUCACAGUCGGGGUCUACGAGGCUGCCAAAUCACUCAAUGUAGACCACGAUAAUGUGGUUUUGUGCAUCCUGGCCACUGAUGACGAAGAUGUGAAAGAUGUGGCGCUGCAGAUCCACUUCACCCUCAUUCAGGCUUUCUGCUGUGAGAAUGACAUCAACAUCCUGAGAGUCAACAACACCCGGCGCCUGGCAGAAAUACUUGGAAGUGGAAGCAAACAGAGUGGGGGAGAGCCUCUGGACCUGCACUGUGUCCUGGUCACUAGCCCACAUUCUACAUCAUGGAAGGAUCCUGCUUUGAGCAAAGUGAACCGUUUCUGCAGAGAGAGCCGCUGUAUGGACCAGUGGGUGCCCAUCAUCAACCUGCCCGAACCAUGAACUUUUGGCUGCAAUACCCUGUAAAAGGACUUGUAUCUGCACAGUAGGAGUGGUGUGAACCCUGAUGGCCACAUAGCCACCCAGAGAUCAAAUUCCAAAGCACUGCUGAUGAGGAAAGAAAAUUUUGGAGGAAAAAAAAAGACCCGGUUGUCUACAUGGGAUGUAUUUAAAAGAAGAAAAAAAAAAAGGGCAGUUGGAAUUUCCACUUUGGACAGGACUGUUUGGAGUCUGUCAGCCUUGGCAACUGAGUUGAGAUGGCAAGGCACUUGUAUCGUCAUGAGGUGGAAAUGUGCAAAAGCAUGUGUGCUUUUCAAUGUGAAGCCGGACACUGUGCAGCAGGAUUAUAUCAUGUAUGUUUGGUAAAGCCUCUGUGACAAUUCAGAGAGGUGGGGAGAAACCAGAAAAUGGAGCUGUUGAGUGGACCAAGGCCUCGGCCUCUCUCUGCAGAAACAAAGCACUUGUUGAAACACUGGACUUUUUGCAAUUUCACUUAUUUGAUUAAAAUUGUUAAUGUUGCCGUUGCUAUUGUCAUAAUUUAAAAAGGGAAGGGCUACACAUCCAGUGAAGACAUUCUGUGUGUUUAGUGUUUCUAAGCCAGCUGUUUUUUGCCACAAGUAAAAUAAUUAUUUUGUUACAAUUUAAGUUAUUUCUAAUGAUAUUUAAGUGUAUUUAUGUUUCAUUUUUUACCAUAACUAUUUGCAAAUCUGAUAUGUAUUGCUGUCAAUAAAAAGUAUUUUUUGGAAACCA